UUAAAGUUUGUUCCACCCGCUGUAUGGUCUUUUAUCACGUAUUUUUUGCAUGAAUUUAAAGAUGGCAGCGAAUUUUAUAGUCUUUUAUUGUAUUUUGCUUGCAUAAUGUCUGCAAAUUCCAUGCAGGCGUUUCUGAUUUACCGCUGUUUAUUUAUGUGGUGCUGUAAGGGCAUAUCAUCAAUUCAAACACUAAAGUGAGUUAUGCCAGCAUUAACGUUUGCAUUUUUUUCUAAAUCCAUACAGCGGGUGGAACAAACUUUAAAGAAAGAGGAAGACAAAGUGAAAAUU